ACAAUGUUUUUCAUAUGCAUUUACAUUCUACCUGUCAAAGUGUAAACCGAGUCUCAAAAGUCGUGUCGAAUGUAUUUUUCUUUGGUUACCAUCCAAGUUUCCCGAUUCGGAGUGCCAAAGUACGCUUUACGUAACCACAUUCGCGAACGUAUAGUUCGUUGUAGACCACUACACUAGAACAAUAAAAUUAUCAAACAACGCCGUUUAUUGUUCAAAAAUUUUUCUUCAUUACAGAUAAUUCAAUAACAACUCCGUUGUCGUCAAAUAGUUAUUUAUUAUACGGGGGUCUUAUUAAGAUAAAGAUUAUAUUGUGUUAGCCGUAAAGAUAAAGGAUUUUAUUGUUGUUGUGUGUAGAAAAGGCGGUAUUGUUGAAGUUUUUCGCGUAUUUCCUGUCGAAGUGUCGGUUCAUCAGUUCACUCAUCACUGACUUCAGUGCGUCCGACGGAGAGCUUCAUUCAAGAAUCGUAUUUUGAAGAAGAAGAAACAUGUCCAACGACUUUGUGAAUUUUAAGAUCCGCGAGGAAUGCGAGAUCUUCCAGUGGUCCGACAAGCAGCUACGGGAGAUCAUGGUGCGCCUCCACAGCGCCAUUGAGAAAGGUCUCGGCAGAGAUACCCAUGAAUCCUCCAUCGUCAAGUGUUGGAUCACUUACAUUCAAGACUUACCCAAUGGAAAAGAACGCGGUAAAUUUUUGGCGUUAGAUUUGGGCGGAACCAACUUCAGAGUAUUAAUAAUAAAUUUAGGUGAUAAUCACUUCGACAUGCAGUCCAAAAUUUAUGCCAUACCUCAACACAUCAUGACUGGUACUGGGAUAGCUCUGUUCGAUCACAUAGCCGAGUGCUUAGCCAAUUUUAUGAAGGAACACGGGGUGUAUGAAGAACGUUUGGCGCUCGGAUUCACAUUCAGUUUCCCACUUAAACAACUUGGUCUCACGAAAGGCAUUUUACAACGUUGGACCAAAGGAUUCUCUUGUUCUGGCGUUGUCGGCACAGAUGUCGUCCAGGGAUUAAAAGACGCCAUCGCGAGACGUGGAGACGUACAGAUUGACAUAUGCGCUAUUCUGAAUGACACCACGGGUACAUUGAUGUCUUGCGCGUGGAAAAACCACAACUGCAAAAUAGGACUCAUCGUUGGUACCGGCAGCAACGCGUGCUAUGUUGAGAAGACGGAAUCCUGUGAGCAAUUUGAAGGUGGCUUGAGUAAACAAGACAUGGUUGUAAACACAGAGUGGGGAGCAUUUGGAGAUGAUGGAGCACUUGACUUUGUACGCACAGAGUUCGACCGCGAAAUCGACCAACAUUCCGUUAAUCCAGGCAAACAAAUCCAGGAGAAGAUGAUAUCUGGCAUGUAUCUGGGAGAACUAGUCCGUCUUGCGCUCGUGAAGUUCACGCGGAUGGGUCUACUCUUUGGAGGUCGCGGCUCGGACCUUUUCUUCGAACGAGGCAGCUUCUACACUAAAUACGUUUCUGAAAUUGAGUCUGACAAACCAGGAGAUUUCACGAGCUGCAUGGAGGUGCUUGAGGAAUUGGGGUUGGACCAUGCGACGGAGGCUGACAUGGCGGCCGUGCGACACGUGUGCGAAUGCGUCUCGCGGCGGGCCGCGCACCUCGUGUCGGCCGGGCUCGCGGUCCUCAUCAACAAGAUGGGCGAGCCGCGCGUGACCGUCGGCAUCGACGGCUCCGUCUACAGGUUCCACCCGCACUUCCACGCGCUCAUGUGCGAGAAGAUCACACAGCUGAUCCGGCCCGGGCUACAGUUUGACCUCAUGCUGUCAGAGGACGGCAGCGGGCGCGGGGCGGCGCUGGUGGCGGCGGUGGCGUGCCGCGAGAUCCAAAAUGCCGUGUAAGCCGCUGACUCUCUCCGUCCCACUGUACCUACCUUCACCACCGACAUGGCUGGGAUCUCACGUUUCCUAGGUUAGGCCGUAGCUCGAGUGAGGCUUUCCCAAAGAUUUUGGCUUCUAACAUUUUUAACAGUUGUGACCAAAGUAUUUAUUCGAUCUGAUGGAAACAGCCCGGACUAGAUGCUGGACAUCUGUUUAUUUUUUUGUGGGACGGAAUUAACGGUACUAAAUCAGCUUUAUUCUCCCAUGCGUUCGGGUUACAUAAUUAGGAUAAUGUAGAGUAUUAUAGCCUUAAACUAGCGCACCAAAGACGCGAUUGCGCUUGUCCGGUCUGACGACGGUUAGAUAGAUUUAAUACAAUGUUAUUGGUCUCAAAUAUAUCUUAGGGAAAUCGCCUCUAGUGGUCGGAGCAUUUUAAUGGUAUGCAAAUCCAUAUGGGUAUUAUGGGUCAGUAAAUACAAAGAUCGCUUCCGGCGAUGUUUUAAAAAGUCUUCAGCUUAUGUGUACCUCUGUCCCAAAAGUACAUUUUAGAUGGACACUAAGAUCCUAACUUAAAAACUUUUAUAUCGAUGUCGAAAAGAUUUUACUUAUUGUACUUAUAUUUGUAAUUAGUCUAGUCACCAUCCAGGAUUAAGUUAUCUGUUGUUGUUACAUCUUCUUCAGUCUUAAUUUUCUUUUCACCCUUGGUUUAUUGAAGGUAUUUGUGAAAGACUGAACACUAUCCAUCUGCUUGUCCUGGUUUUUACACUUGUAAUAAUAUUGAUCUUAGUGUCGGUCUGCGCGCUCUGCAUUCCCGUUCGCAGUUUCGUAGCCAGCGAUGCAGAGAUCUGGCCCAACCAUCAGCGAUAUGUUUCCUUUUAUUAGCAAUAAGUAGAUAAAAAAUGUACUUUAACGGAGAGAAAGCUCUUGUAUUUUAUAAUGAUGUUGAACUUUUAGUAAGAAAUAUUGUUAAAUAGAUUAUUAGUCUUAUACAGAACAUCACAUACGAAAAGCAAACUAUCUGUUGAUACCAUAUUUAUUUAAGUAUUUUUAUACGAAUCAUUAACAAAAAAAACGAAUAUUUAGCACAAGACCCUAAGUCCAAGACUUAUGCAUUGUGAUGCCAUAAGAAAUUAUUUAGAGGACUUAUAGGUAACAUAUAUUAUUGUAUGUAACAUUACACGAGAAUCUCAGUUACGUCUCUGCGGAUAUUGUAAGUGUAGUGAGCCAUUGUUUUUGAUCAUUCCAUUUAUAGGAUACCACAAGUAAUCACUCUCAUUUGUCUAUCAACUGGCAUCCAAAUAGGUAGGUUCUAAGUAUAACAUAACACAAAGGUAGUUUGCAAUUUCUUUUAGUUCGUAUUUGUUUAUUGAUUCACUUACUGUCAGGAAAUUUUACAAAAUGAUCCAAAAAUGACGGAUGUAAUCCCAGGUUGAAAACACUGCAUUAAUUUAACUUUAGUUUAUUGAUAUUUAACUGUGAUAGAGCUAGAAAUAUGUUAUAAAGAUUUUUCGUUGGUCUUUGUUAUCUUAAAGGUCUAAUUUUUGGUGAUAGAUAUGUUUGACAUAGUUACUUAAUAAUAUCUACAAAAACAAUGACAUAUAUAGAGAUAAUGAAUAGUUUAAAAAUUAGGUACAAAAGGCAAAAUUGUGGAAACAUCUAGUUGUUUUUAAAAUGUAUAUUCGGAAUAUUUACUUAAUUACUACCGUCACGUAUGCCCUUUUAAUUCAUAACAUCAUUAGUAGUUCCUAGUUUUCAAUAGGUGCAUUUUUAAGUACGUAUACGUAUAUUGCGUAUUGUCAGUAUGAGUUUGCCGCAUUGCAUGCUAUGUGUAACGCAGUUGUUAUUUUAAAUUAUUUAGAAUUAAGUACUCUUUUAAGAUAUUUGGUAUCUACGCAGCGCAUACUAAAUAGAUAAUAAUAAAAGUCUGUUAUAUAUUUAGCUUAGCAGACUAAAAAUAAUACUGAGUUCUAUCGAGUGAAAUUAUUGCGCUCUUAAUUUACUAAGUUGUAUACCUAUUAUUAAUCAUGUAUAUGAUUUGCUCAAAGCUCCAAACAAGAAAACCGUUUUAAGUUUCCAAAAUCUUAUUCAGACUCUAAAAAUUUAUCCAAUCACCCGAAGAAUGCACAAAUAAACUGACUAAAUUUAGUAUACUUACCUUUGAUUCAUCUGAAUCAUGACUUGUUUUGAGCAGUAUUGUGUAUAUUUUAAUGAGUUACAUUACAACACUACAUCUGUGUCCGCGUGAAACGGCUAGUUCUACAUUCCAUAGGGCUUUUAAAGCUCCUAGGUUCAGUACUUAUAGUCGUAUGAAUUCAUUGAAAAUCUAACCCAAACAGCAGAAAUGUACACACAUAUCACAUAUGUCAUUAUGAGACAAUAAUCAUGGAUCCGUUGUAUGUAAUAAAUAGGUUUAGAUUUUUGUUUGUAUGGCCUGGCGCCCGAUUUGGUUAUUGCUUCAUUACACAUUGUGUAAAUUGUAAUUAUGAAUAGAUUUCUAUAUAUUAAAUAUCAUGAAAUCACGAAAUAAUUUAUGUGAAAGAGAUAAUGAAUGUAGAUAGCUCUUUUUUUGUGUCAGAGCUGUGAGCAAUGUUACUUAUUUCAAGAAUAAAUUUAUAUAAAUUUACCGAC